CCACUGAUACAUCAAGUCAUGCCUAUACUUCUGUUGAUGAUCUCUCUAGAAAAAAUAAACCGCCCCUGGGAAGACAUGUCUUGAAUAGCUUUGAAUCUGUUCCUCAAGAAGGAUGGCAGUUGAUAAAAAAGUGGAUUGGAAAGAGACAAGUUUCAAAUAACAAGCCGCCUAUACGAAAUAUUGAAAGGCAAGCAGAAGUAAAUACGGUUACACCUUUAAUCAUGGCCAUGUUCUUCACAAAAGACGAAGAUAAUCAGAAUCGAAUCCCUAUAUUCAUGAACAAUAUCACAGUUCAUAUUACAAAGGCCGAAGAGGAUGAGUACAGAAAAAAGAAGUUUGGUGUAACAGUCUUCAAGAUCACUAUACGAUAUGGAUCUGGACAAGACAAGCUAGUGUGGUCUGUUUAUCGAUCCUAUUGGGACUUUGUCAAGCUCCACUACAGAUACAGGAACGUGUCUUUAGCCAAUUUACCCCCUUUCCCAAGUUUGCCAAAGCACUACUUUCAAAGACAACGCAGAUCACCGAACAAAAAGAAGCAAAUAGAGCUGAAUAACCCUUUGAAUACCCCUGCGUCCCUAAUUGAUGAAGAGACGGUGAUGGAGAUGGUGGAUAAUACCCUACAUCUUGCUGACAAUGAAAAUACAGCUUCCACCAUGUCACCACAGAUAUUUGAAGUCGUCAAGGCAGAUAAUGCAGUACUAGAAGCAUUAGAAAAUUACUUGAACCAACUCGUUUCCUCUAUCUCACCAUGCGGAUAUACCAAUCGCAUCUGCCGAUUUUUAGAAAUAUCAACACUUGGGCUAUACCUUGCAGCAAAAUAUCAUGGAAUUCAUGGGAAAGAAGGUUUUGUUGUUCUUCAAAGUAGAACAGACAAAGAACCCAAAUAUGUACGACAGUCCUUACAUAAUGGGCUAUUCUGUGUUCCUGCUUUUAUCAACAGAAAGCGAAAGCCAAAAUGGUUAAUUGUUAGAGACAGCUAUCUGGUAUUAGUAGACGAUCCAAGUGAGAUAGAUGCAUAUGAUGUCUUUCUAUUUGAUCAAUCCUUUGAUGUACAUCGCUUAUCCUAUUUUGGAGACAAACCCAACCAUUACAUAAAUAACCCCAAGGCCCUCAGUAACGCGAUAGCUAACGCAUCUCAUUGGACAUCUAGUAAAUCUGUAUUGUGUGUCAAGAAUAGACAAGGAGUAUAUCAUUUACGAACUAAAAAUGAAAGGCAUGCAAGAUUGUUUGAAUUGUCUAUCCAGAGCAUGAUGAAGACAUCCAUUUGGUGCGAGAAUCAUAGGUUUGGUAGCUUUGCUCCAGUGUGUCAUAACACUUCUACUGCCUGGUUUGUGGAUGCACGAGACUAUUUUUGGGAUAUUUCUGUAGCAUUGGAGAACGCGAAGGAAACGAUUUAUAUUCAUGAUUGGUGGCUAUAUUUGAGAAGACCUGCUUCAGGAAAUCCAGAAUGGAGAUUGGAUCGACUAUUAAGACGCAAAGCACAUCAAGGUAUAAAAGUGUACAUCAUCAUGUAUAAAGAGGUUGCCAUGGCUCUCCCCUUGUACUCCCAUCUUGCCAAGCGUACUCUUUUGGCAUUAUCACCCAACAUUUAUGUACAACGCCAUCCUUCAAGAGCCCUCGAUGUCUUUCAUAAGGACAGUAUCUUUUUCUGGGCACAUCAUGAAAAGAUAUGUGUAGUAGAUAACGAGAUUGCAUUCAUUGGAGGCAUCGACAAGUGCUUUGGUCGAUAUGAUACGCCAGGUCAUAUUCUAGUAGAUGACUUCAGCCCUGAUUCAAAUGGUGAUCGUGCACAAAUCUGGCCAGGAAAGGACUACUCAAAUCCUCGUAUUAUCGAUUUUCAUACACUCGACAAACCAUUUGAAGACAACAUGGACAGAUCCACACUACCACGUAUGCCUUGGCAUGACGUUUCUAUGCGUAUCGUAGGCCAAGCUGCAAAACAUGUUGCCCGACAUUUUGUUCAGAGGUGGAACUAUUUGCGCAGAAAGAAGCCAUCAGCUCCUAAACGUCCUACACCCAUGCUAUUGCCCGUACCUGAUACAAAUAUACCAUUAGACCCAGGCGAUGACCGACUAUGUCACCCGCAUACUUGUGACUCAUGCAAGGUUCAGAUACUGAGAAGUGUUUCCUCUUGGAGUAUUGGCUCGGUCGAUCAUGUGGAGCAUAGUAUUUUGGACGCCUAUAUUGAAAGCAUAAGGGAAUCAAAGUACUUUAUAUACAUAGAGAAUCAGUUUUUCGUUACGUCAACAAAAAGUGGAAACACGGUGAUUGAAAAUGGCAUAGGCGAAGCAAUUGUCAAUCGUAUUAUAGAAGCAAGAAACAGAAAUCAAAAAUGGAAAGCCAUCAUCAUCAUACCGCUCGUGCCUGGAUUCCCAGCUAACAUUGAUGAAAACGAGGCCAGAACAGUACGCUUGAUCAUGCAGUGUCAAUACCUGUCAAUCUCCAGAGGACCCAAUUCCAUAUUUGCCAAAUUACAUGCUGCAGGCAUUACAAACACUCACGAGUACAUCAAUUUCUAUGGCUUACGUAAUUGGGCAGAACUGAAUGGUCAGUAUGUAACUGAACAAGUGUAUAUCCAUGCCAAGGCCAUGAUUGUGGAUGACCGUAGAGUGAUCAUUGGUUCUGCAAAUAUCAACGAGCGCUCGCAGUUAGGCACACGUGAUUCUGAAAUCGCGGCUUGUAUUGAAGACACAGAGUAUGUGGAUUCUAUGUUGAAUGGGGGACCCUUCAAAGCAGGGAAAUUUGCACACAGUCUUAGGAUGAGAUUGAUGUGUGAGCAUGUCGGACUCGAUGUGGAUCAAAUGGAUCGUGAUAAAUAUGUGCAUGGUGACCUUUUAGCAAGUCAGUAUCUAAAGCAACCUGUCUGGGAUGAGGGAGCGGUUCAUGAUACGAAGAAUACUACUGACUGUGUACCAUCUUAUAUUCAAGUGUGUGUCUCGCCUGCUGAUGAAAUCAUUGAAAAGGAAAAGAUACAAACUGAGGAAGAAAACAAGGCAUCAAUCAAAGAAGAUAUCGUUUCAUCCUCAAACAGUACAUUAUCCGUUCAUGACCUUCAAGUAAUAGAGCAAGAAAAGACCAAAGUGGUCAACGAAUGCAAGAACAACAGCAUCUCAAUGGACAGAGAUCCUUUGACGACGACUUCAUUCAGCAGCAAAGAAAGUUCUCCGUCACGCCCAAGGUCCGUGUUUGGCAAACGUAAAAGCUCAAAAGAAGACCACUUGAGCUUUUGGGCAACGCUUGACUGUGACACAGAUAACAAUGGAGAUGUCAGGGCAGCAGCAGAAAGACAAGAAACCCCGUCAUACCCCAAGUACUAUUGUAGCCCUAACGUGAUGCCUUUAUUCUUUGAAAAGGACGCUGAAAGACUUACCGUCGGCCAGGUGUAUGAUAUACUAAAAGACCCACUGGCCGACGCCUUUCAAGAAUUUUGGCACAUUCUUGCUAGGUCCAACACUGAUCUGUUUCGGCGGUCCUUCUUGGUGGCGCCUGACAACAAUAUCAAGAAUUGGAACCAGUACCGUCACUACAUAAAAAUGGCUAAGCUAUUCCUAGGCCGCACAGAUACCAAGCACGGAGGUACAAAGACAACCGCCGCUGCUGCUGCUGUGACGACUCUUCCCAUCAUUAAGCACGGUGGUGAAACGAUUUAUGACUUGCUGAAGCAUAUCAAAGGACACCUGGUGAUAUGGCCAAGUUACUUUAUGGAAGAAGAAGAGAACGAGUUUUUGUUUCCAAUGGAUAAAAUUGCUCCACUUGAGAUAUUUGAUUAAUAUUUUAUAAUAAAAAAAGUAUAAACAAAUCAUAGCUCGAUUUUAUAUGAACAGCAACAAAAAAAAACUACAUAAGAGUCAUAGAAGCAAAACGUAUUCCCUUGGUUUUCAC